ACGGCGAGGCUCGCUCCGGCCUAGGCCUCGCUCCGGCUCCGCCUUGCCCGGCUACGCAGGCGGUAGGGCUGCGGUAGGGGCCGGGCGGCACCAUGGCGGCGGCAGCGCCUGCUGCGGCGGCUUCUUCCGAAGCGCCGGCCGUCACGGGUACCGCAGAACCCGAGACGGGGGACGAGGACAGUCGUGAGGUCCGAGUGCUGCAGAGUCUGCGCGGCAGAAUCUAUAAAGCAAAAAAUUUAUUGCCAUAUCUUGGACCCAACAAAAUGCGAGAUUGCUUCUGCACUAUAAAUUUGGACCAAGAAGAAGUUUAUCGCACCCAGGUUGUUGAAAAGUCUUUAAGUCCAUAUUUCAGUGAAGAAUUUUAUUUUGAGAUUCCAAGAACUUUCCAGUAUUUGUCUUUUUAUGUUUAUGAUAAGAAUGUUUUACAAAGAGAUCUUCGUAUAGGAAAAGUAGCCAUUAAAAAAGAAGACUUGUGCAGUCAUAGUGGUAAAGAAACUUGGUUUUCACUGCAGCCUAUUGACUCAAAUUCAGAAGUUCAGGGAAAAGUUCACCUUGAGUUAAAAUUGAAUGAAUUGAUAACAGAGAAUGGAACUGUGUGCCAGCAGCUUGUUGUACACAUCAAGGCAUGCCAUGGGCUGCCGCUCAUAAAUGGACAAAGCUGUGAUCCUUACGCAACAGUCUCCCUCGUGGGCCCGUCUAGGAAUGACCAAAGGAAGACAAAAGUAAAGAAGAGAACAAGCAAUCCGCACUUCAAUGAAGUCUUCUAUUUUGAGGUAACCAGAUCCAGCAGUUACACCAGGAAGUCCCAGUUUCAGGUGGAAGAGGAGGACAUUGAGAAGCUGGAGGUCAGGAUUGACUUGUGGAAUAAUGAAAACCUAGUCCAAGAUGUUUUCUUGGGAGAGAUUAAGGUUCCUGUCAAUGUGUUAAGAAAUAAUUCCUCUCAUCAAGCCUGGUACCUGCUACAACCAAGAGACAAUGGAAACAAGCCAUCUAAGACUGAUGACCUGGGGUCGCUUCUAUUGACUCUGUGUUAUACAGAAGACUAUGUGCUUCCCUCAGAGUACUAUGGACCGUUGAAAACUUUGCUGCUAAAAUCACCAGAUGUUCAGCCAGUAUCCGCCUCAGCUGCUUAUAUUUUGGGUGAAAUAUGUCAAGAUCAAAAGGAUGCUGUCUUGCCCCUUGUCCGACUGUUGCUGCAUCACAGUAAACUUGUUCCUUUCAUCACUGCGGUGGCCGAACUGGACUUGAAGGAUACUCAAGAUGCCACGGCAGUAUUUAGAGGAGACUCCCUGGCUACCCGGUGUCUGACUGAGAUGAUAAAGAUAGUGGGAGGGCACUACCUGAAAGUCACACUGAAGCCCGUUCUAGAUGAGAUAUGUGAAUCCUCGAAAUCCUGUGAAAUAGAUCCUCUUAAGUUGAAAGAGGGAGAUAAUGUAGAGAAUAAUAAGGAGAAUCUGUACUACUAUGUGGACAAAGUAUUCAAUACGAUUGUAGGAUCAAGUGUGAGCUGCCCCACUGUGAUGUGUGAUAUUUUUUACUCUCUGAGGCAAAUGGCUGCUAAGAAAUUUCCUAAUAGCCCUCACGUCCAGUACUCUGCCGUGAGCAGCUUUGUCUUCCUCCGUUUCUUUGCUGUAGCGAUACUCUCGCCUCAUGCUUUUCAUUUGCGACCUCAUUAUCCAGACACACAGACAGUUAGGACAUUAACUCUCAUCUCAAACACCAUUCAGAUUAUUGGAAACUGGGGAUGUCAGUCCAGAAGGAAGUCACGGUUCAAAAAGUCAGUCAUGUGUGAAUUUCUCAAAAUGUUUCAAGAAGAAAAAUAUUAUACAGAGGUGAAAAAGUUCUUGGAUGAAAUUUCAUCUACGGAAACUAAAGAGUCCAGUGGCACGAGGGAGCCUGUGCACCUGAAAGAAGGUGAAAUGUAUAAAAGAGCUCAAGGAAGAACCCGCAUUGGAAAAAAGAACUUCAAGAAACGAUGGUUCUGCUUGACGAGCAAAGAGCUCACCUACCACAAACAGCAAGGCAAAGAUGCAAUUUACACUAUUCCAGUAAAAAACAUUCUUGCUGUGGAAAAACUGGAAGAAAGCUCUUUCAACAAGAAAAAUAUGUUCCAAGUGAUCCAUGCAGAGAAAACGCUGUACAUCCAAGCAAGCAACUGUGUGGAGGCCAAUGAGUGGAUAGAUGUCCUGUGCAGGCUGAGCAGGUGCAACCACAACAGGCUCAGCUCCUUCCAUCCCUCAGCGUAUCUCAAUGGACACUGGCUCUGCUGCCAGGAGACGAGUGAAAGUACACCAGGCUGCAAGCCAUGCACUGCAGGCAUCCCUGCAGACAUCCAGAUAGAUAUCGAUGAAGACAGAGAAACAGAAAGAAUUUAUUCCAUUUUCACCCUCAGUUUACUUAAGCUGCAGAAAAUGGAAGAGGCUUGUGGGACUAUAGCUGUGUAUCAGGGGCCACAGAAAGAACCUGGUUAUUCUGAGUUCACCAUUGAGGAUUCUGUCGCAACCUUUAAGACAAUUCAGCAAAUAAAAGGCACCAUAGAGAAGCUAGCCGAGCCUCAUGAGAAGUACAGAAAGAAGAGGUCAAGCAGUGCCAAGUACGGCAGCAAGGAAAAUCCAAUUGUUGGGAAAAUGUCAUAGUUUGACCAACUGAUGGAGAACUAGAAACUACUCUUCCACGGAGUUUUUCACUUCGCCUCAUUUUGUUCAUAGUAUGUAAGAACGUUCAUUGGCUUUGAUGACACCUGCUCUCAUGAUGUAUUUAAUAUUUAAUGAUUGAAAUUAACUCUUUGAGGAUCCAAACAGUUAAUUACUAAAGAAUUUGAAACCCAAGAUUCCCCUCAGAUCUGUGACCCUGCAGCUUCCUUUUGAUAGAAAGGCUCUAUCUAAGGAAGCCUCCCAAGGGGCUCUGUGACCAGGAGCACUUGGCGGGAAGAAGUCAUCUCUCUGUGCAGCACUCCAGUGUCAUUCACUACCUGCCGUUAGUGCCUGCUCUGCACUGCCAACAGUGAGGACUACAAAAUCACAGUUCCUUGUCAGGUCAGAACUUUUCAUUAAGUGCAUCUGGACCUUCAAUGUUUAAAAGAGAAAAAAAAAAAAAAAACACCAUUUUCCUCUGUUGUGUUAGCCAUUAUAGGUUAGAGACAGACACAGAGAUCUCUGAAUACCUUUGAAAGCUGUGGGUGUCUCGCCUGGUCACAGGGUGGGAGUGUGCAGCCAUCGGGGAGUGUGUGCUCCUGCGUGCACCAUGUUUACAUUGGAGAGAGUGAUGGUGCGUGAGACAAUGGACCACUGAGUGUUCUCCAUUGUUUAGCUAUCAGGUACUCGGUUUCUUAAUUAGAGAAUUCAGCUCAGCACUCCUCCUGCAGGUAUCUCUUCCCAACCAGAAGGGAAGCCAUGAGUGAGGAGUGAGUAGAUCAUUUGACGUUGCCUUCUGUCCCACGUCAUAGUAAGGGUGUGUAAGGGAUGCCCUCCAUAGUGUUAGGCCCUGCUCUAACUCGAGAACGGUCACUUGGCGCACUUUAAUAAUCUGGCACAUUCCAGAUUGUAGUUUGGAUACUCUAUAGUAUCUGUCUUUUGAUCAGUUGAAUGAUCAGUGUUUAAAUAUCAAACAGUGCUUUCCUGAAAAUGUUGCUAUUGCAUUGCUGUUCCCUUCUUGCCUGCUAGCCAAAGGGAAGUGGGGCAGCAGCUGUUGGCAUACCUGUUUUCCUCACUCUGCUCUAGUCCUAACCCUAACUGUAAAUAACAGUUGAAGCAAGGUCUCCCUGAGGAGGACUGCACACUUAGCUUCAUCAGUAUUAAGAACGAUGGUACUUACUUGUCUUUUUUAAUUAAAAACAUUUUCUGAGUGUGGUACUUUGAACCUUAGGGUAUUUACAUAUGUUCCUGUUGAAAACUGUGACUUAUGGGUGUAAGUCUAACUAGCUGUGAUCGUCUAUUUCAUUGAGCUUAAGCUAUAUUUCAGAAUAUAUUUACCAGUUAUGUUAUUGCUGGGUAAUUAUUUUUACUUUGUUAUUAGGUAUUUUAAAGAUCAUUAACACAGAGAAUUGUCCCAUUAAAAAUCAUGACUGAAAAAUGUAUUUUUUUUUAAAAAAUGACUUUUAAGUCAGUACUGGCCUGUAUUGUGCUAGGUUGUGACUCAUCUGACAAACUUAUAGAUCUAAUUAACUAUACUACUACAGAUUUUUUUUAAAGAUUAGCCAUUUAAUAAAUUUAUCAUGAACUUCAUAUUAAAAUGCCUACUUAGAUUCUCUAAAAUGUCUACCAGAAAAGGACAAGAACCAGGGACAUUAAAGAGUUCAAGACUCUGGAGUGGUUUGAAAUCAUCUGUUGGCUGUUUUGUUUGGGGGAGUUUCUUCCUCACCCCACCCUCUAAAAAAAGGAUGAUUUCUUCUUGUUGUUUUGAGACAUAGUCUCUCUAUGUAGUCCUGACUGGCCUAGAACUCAUAGAAAUCCAUCUGCCUCCUGAGUGCUAGAGUUAAAUGUAUGCAUCACCACAUCCAACUCACCUAAUAUUUCUAAUAUCAAACUCCAAUUACAAAUAUUUUUAAUGAUCACAGGGUCAAAGGGGCCAAUGCUGUAUACAUGCAUAACUCUAAGAGCUCAGUGUUCUAGUUCUUUUAUUCACAUGACCCUUUAAGCAACCAGCUUGACUGGAAUUAAUUAACCAGCUGGGCACAGUGUAAAAAGAGAAAUAUAAAACUAAUUUUCUUUAGAUUAAGCCUUUCCCAAUCAGAAACUAUGUCCACAGGACCCUAAGACAAUCAGGGCCCUUCUAGGGACCUUCUCCUAUACUAUGCUCUUGAGUACUUUGAGUUCUAACUCCUUUUCCCACCUUCUACAAAGAGCAUUUAAAAAAAAAAACCAGACACACAUAUAUACACACAUACAUACAUAACCAUAGGGGUGUGUGUGUAAUCAGAAGAUGAUAGGGGAGACUUAGCAUAGAUACUCACUAGCUCUGACUCCAUCCAUCAAGAUUGUCCUGAUCUAUUGUGUGCUUUGUUUAGCUUUGUUUUAAAUCAUCUGAUAAGACACUGGGCAACAGCAAAGUUUUUUUUUUUACUCCCAGGAAUAUAAUGUAUCAAAUCAAACUAUCUUGUUUACCAAAGAACUAUGUUUUUAAUAUCACGGGUAAUGCUAAGCAUCAGAACUGGGCUCUUAUUUUACCAACGAAACAGUCAUGUGACUGAUGGCUGGGGUUGUUUGUGUUUCCAAGGCCUGAUUUCAUUCUUUUACUGGAAAAGUUCAUUCAAGCCAGAUUUUAAAAAGCAGAUUUCUUUUAAGUGAACGCACCUUCUAAAUUUUGUUAAAUACUGUUGAAUAGCCUAUAAAGAUGGAUUCAACAGAGCUUUCUAGUGGCCUCACCUAUGUGACAAAUGCAAAACUCAAAAUGACUGAUCUUAGUUGAUGUUAUCUACUUCCAUUUUUAAGUUGGGAAUUAAUAUGUUGCUGAUAAAUACUGGUUUUUACAGUGUGUAGUUUGAAAAUGUAAGUUAUCAGAACAUAAUAUACUGAAUCUGUGUAACCAUGUUGUAUUGUUGAGAACGUAUUUUUAUUUAAAUUUUAUUUUCUUAUGAAGAGUAUUAUAAAAAUGAAAAGCUUUUGUAACUGUCAUUUGAAAAUAACUCAAAUAAAGUACAAGAAGCCUA